AUGGCUCCUCCGAGUUUGGGCAGAUUUUUAUUUGCUGCUGUCAUCUUGAUGAUGAUGAUAUCCAUAGUUUUGGUAUCGGCCGAUGAUGAUAACAAUAUUCUGAAUAUUCCUCCUUAUAAAGAAUAUCAUGUUGAUUUGGAAUUUUUACAACAAAGUCAGAGUUCUUGCACGACCUAUGUGUUUCCAGGAGUUGCCUAUUGCAAUUUUAUCUUUAAUCAAUAUAUUACUGUAGAUAUGCCUCCAAUGAAUCCAUCUGAUAAGCAAGGAUCCGAUGGUGUUCAAGUGUUCAUGACACCAAAACUUCCAGUUUCAUCCAUUCCAUCCUACAAGUAUCUCGCUCCAAAGCACAUGAAUUAUCACAACGGUACUCAAGUUGAAAACAUUUUCGAUGUGGAACCAGAAAUUAUUACCUAUGACAAUUCUGUUAAUCCUCCUGUCAAACUUUCACAACUCAAAUUUAACUAUUACAAGAAUUUUACAAACCCACAACGAUUUGAAAUUUCCAUUCAAGUCAUGGGAAUGAUCAAAUAUUUGACAAAUAGUACUGUGAGAGAUUCUGGAAAUCGUACAGAAAUUAAUACUCUUGAAUUUCCGCUCAUCAAUAAUUAUACUGUUCCAUUUAUUAAUGAGAGUGGUGUUGUGGCAUCUAUUCACUUCCCUUAUCAGGGCCUUAAAAGCUCAGGAAUUAAUGUCGUUUCUCCAUCCAAGUAUAAGAUUCAUGCAAUUAAUGGAACUUUGAUUUAUCUUAUUGAGCAAUCAGCUGAAGAAAUUUUGAAGGAUGGAGUCAUGUCACCAUUCAGUGUGAGAUUUUUAUCCCAAUAUCCACAAUGUGAUGUCAUGUUGACACCUACAAUUGCCAUGUGGGCCACUACAGGAACCAUUUCUGUUUUAACACUUCUUGUAGUUUCCAUUAAGGGAGUGAUUCAAAUAUUCCAAACAAAGAGUAGAAGGGACGGAUACAAUCCUCAGACUGACUAUUAA